UUACAUCACUGCACAGAUUAGGUACCUAAAAUAUCUUGGAUCAUGUUUCCUUACAGACACCAUCUCACUGACAAGACAACAAAGAGUAUAAGGACAUUUCUGCAUGUGUCACAGGUGCCCAGCUGGAAAAAGUCCUCAACAGGGCACUGGGAUGCCCAAGGCUGCAGCUGUCCCCGCUCCUCCCUGUGGACCCACUCCUGGAUGCAACCGCACACAGCACGGUCCUCUCCCUGCCUACAGCCCUUCGACACAGCUUUAUUGACUUCUGGGCUCUGGAGUCCCACCACCGGUGGCUCUGGGAGUGAAAAGCAACAAGUGCUCUUCAGCAACUUCUCCUCUGGCUGCUCCCUUCUGCCAGGGAAGCACUGUCAAGCAUCACCAAGACGUCGCACUGUGAUGUCACCACUAUGCAGUACAGGCGUCCCAGCAACGUGUCAGGAUGUCCCAUUGGCACUCACAGUCAGCCAGCGCCAGGUGGCCUUUGCUUGCUGACUGGCAGGAGAAGGCCUGGCUGUCCAGGGCGAUGGCCAGCGAGGGAAACUUUGGUCCCGCUGGGACAAAAGAGAUGAAAAGGGAGCUGUCUGCCGCAGAAACACCAUCCCUCUCUGCUACAGACGAGCUGGGCCAGCUGCCAGACAUGACUUCUCCUGGCCCUCCAGGACACGGGGAAAGAGAACCCCGUGACGCUGCCGGGCGAGCGAUAAAGGAGGAGCGGGAUGUCCAACCUGGCAGCGAUGGACACGAGGCCAAACAAGUCCCUCCUGUUUCCCCCAAGGGAGCAGGCAAAGCCAAUCAAUUCUCAUCCCUCUCCUUUCCGGAGAAGCUUUGGAAAAUGGUGGAAAGUGACGAGUUUCGGUCCAUUUGGUGGAGUGAGGGUGGAAAAUAUGUGGCCAUCAAUGAAGAACUCUUCAAAGAGGAGGUGCUGGGCAGGGAAAGACCUCUGCGGGUUUUUGCCACGCAGAAGAUGAAGAGCUUCCUUCGACAGCUGAACUUCUAUGGAUUCACCAAAGCGCGACAGGAUUUCCAAAGAUCUGCUUCCCUGCCUGAGUUCCUGGCAGAAGAAGACGCAGCUUCUGCUCACAGCCAGAUACUCUACUACUACAACCCCGCCUUUAACAGAGAGCAUCCCCACCUGCCGGAAAAGUGCAAGAGGGGAGUUGGCCUCAAACGGAGAGCCCCGCGUGCACCAGAGGUGGAUGAAGGGCACCCCUCCAGAAGCCCAGAUGGCCAGCCUGCAAGGGACACGCAGGCGUCUCCACCCGUGACGAUCGCACCCACCAAGCGACGGGCUGAAGCACCUCCCGGCCUCGGCAGCGCCCAUCCAUCUCCACUGGCAGCUGGUCCCAGGCUUCCAGAGCCUGCCAGAGCAGCAGGCAUCGAGAGGUUCACCCCUCUGGCCGCCUUCUUUCUAACACCACCAGGCAGCCAAACCCCACAUGGCCUGCGCCGUGCUGCUCCGUGGUUUGCCAUGCCCAUGCUGGCAGCAGCCUCAGCUCUGCCGAAGCCAAGGCCACCCCACGGCCAAAGCCCCAGAGUCCGCCACUGCCCCACCUGCACCUGCAGCCCCAGCCCUGCAGACGCAGGCAACGCCGGUGGACCCCAGCACGGCACGUACUAGAGAGAAGGCAGAGAGUCAAUAGCCAGUUGAUAGUGUCUAAUAACUUUGUUAACAAGUAGAGCUUAAUAGAUUUAGUAAGAAACAGAGGUUAGAAGAGUUAAUAAUAAACUGUUGAAGAAUAAA